UCAAGUUCGUUUGACGGCGAUUAUAAACAAGUCCGGAUUGAAUUUUUGCCUGUGAUCGAUUCUCACUGAAAUGGAUAACGGAAUUUCUCCUGCCAAAAAACAGAAAGUGGCCAACGGUGCCAAUAAUGACUCCAAGUCGGAGAAGAAUAGUUACCUUAAGGUCCAGAAGGACCCAGAAAACAGUGUCAGCAUUUUCUUCUCCCUCCCAGAGAAAGUUGGUGCCUUGGCCCAAAUUCUGAAAAUCUUUGAGGAACGCCAAGUUAAUUUACAUCACAUUGAAUCCCGACCUUCCAAGCAAAGCAGCACAGAAUUUGAGUUCUUCGUGAGUUGUGAUAACAAGACUGGUGGCCUUAAAGAAGCUCUGGAACAAGUGAAGGGAAUCGCCAAGACAUUCCGAGUAUUAUCAAGAAAAGCAGGGGAAUAUCCAUCUGAAGAUACCGAAAGGGAAAAUACAGCUCCUUGGUUUCCCAAGAAGAUUUGUGAGUUAGACAGAUUUGCAAACCAGAUCUUGAGUUAUGGAUCUGAACUGGACGCUGACCAUCCUGGAUUUACAGACCCCGUCUACAGAGCUCGCAGAAAGGAGCUAGCAGAUAUUGCCUUCCAUUACAAACAUGGGCAGGAAAUCCCCAGGGUAAAGUAUACAGAGGAGGAAAUUAACACAUGGAGAACCAUCUACAAUGAACUGACAAAGCUAUACUCGACACACGCCUGUAAACAGUUCAAUCAUGUCUUCCCACUGCUUCAAGAUAACUGUGGAUAUAACGCAGAUAAUAUUCCUCAACUAGAAGACGUCUCAAGGUUUUUACAAGAUUGCACUGGAUUCAGACUGAGGCCAGUUGCAGGAUUGCUCUCAUCACGUGACUUUCUUUCGGGCCUCGCUUUCCGUGUUUUUCAUUCUACACAGUACAUACGUCACAGUUCCAGACCUAUGUACACCCCAGAACCAGACGUUUGUCACGAAUUGCUGGGCCAUGUCCCCUUAUUUGCCGAUCCAGCAUUUGCUCAAUUUUCUCAAGAGAUUGGAUUGGCUACCCUUGGAGCCCCGGAUGACUAUGUCAAGAAAUUGGCAACGUGCUACUGGUUUACAGUGGAAUUUGGUUUGUGCAAGCAAGGGUCAGAUAUGAAAGCCUAUGGAGCUGGUCUGUUAUCUUCAUUUGGAGAAUUACAGUACUGUCUAACGGACGCUGCAGAGAAGAAGACCUUUGACCCUGCUGUCACGUGUGAGCAGGAGUAUCCAAUCACAAAAUACCAACCUCUGUACUUCGUAGCAGACAGUUUUGAGAAGGCUAAAGAGAAAAUGAGAGACUAUGCCAAGACCAUUCCCCGCCCAUUCAGCGUCCGUUACAAUCCCUACACCCAGAGUGUAGAAGUGAUUGAAAACAAAAAUCAGAUCAUUAAUCUCACACAUGCCAUUAAGGGUGAUCUUACACUACUCGAAGAUGCUUUGUCAAAAGUUGGAGGAAUGUGACCAAAGAACCAGACCGAUGAUUUUCCUUUCAAAAGGAGUGUAAACAUUGAACAGAGAGUGCUUUUCUUUUACUUAUGAUGCAUCGAUUCAUAGCUUUUGUUUUCGAGAAACAUUUAAUUUGUAUUUGGAAAAAAUGAAGUUUAGCAUACUUCACACUGGAAAUUAUUAAUAGUAUGAAAAUAUGUGUCAAUUUAUUUUUUGUCAU